CACUGUUAUACUGCGUAAUUAUGCGAUAAGGUAAUUAUUUGCAGUAUAAAAGUUGAGAAUAUAUAUUUCUACUUUCACUGAGAUUUUGCAUAUAUUUUAACAGGUCGCGUGGAGCGAUCUGGUCGGCCUCUCUUGUGUGAACAGGGGGGUUGACCAGGGCCAAUUCCGACUUUCAGCGUGCCCAGGCAACUCAUUCCAGAACAUAGUCAUCGAAUCACUCAGUAUGAGGAUCCGAUUACAGACUUAUCCGCCGCUUGGCGACAUUACGAUAGUUAACCGUAAUAAAAUCCCUUUUCGAAUCAUUUUAGAUGUUCCGUAUCGCUGGAGAGAUGAACCUUGGGAGGCUGUCCUGUGGCAUUCAACUGGAGGUCAAGAUUGGCAUGGAACACCUCUGAGCCAACUGGACGACAUCACCAGUCCCCUAUCCAUACAUAACUCGGAUCCGGCCACCACGAGAUUGCACUUUGGUGCUGAUAUCUACUUGCACUCAAAAUUCCAAUUCACUGUCAAGUUUCGCCAUGGGAUCCAAGGAACCUGGGUUUGGGCAAAGGAGGCACUUGGUCACGAGGAUGGCCAGUUGAUAGAGUUGACAAUGGACCACAUGUCUGAUAGUAUUAAAGAUGUAAUUCCCGACCUGGAAUCAUCAUGGAAGCCAACUUCUCUACUGAGCCAAGCACCACGAACUCGGCUAUGGUCAAUCGAGCACGACAUCGGAGCGGCAAGAAAUGACAAGCCAUCAACUCAGGCUAUCAAGAUUGGCACCCCGUGGGGCUCCUUCGUUCGAUGGUUUGCCAUAGUCCGCCAAUCUGCGAUGUGGUUAGGUCCGCGGCAAGGUUCGUCUGACUUCCAUCUGGAUAAAGACGCCAUCGUGGGGUCAUUCAUUGGCCCAUCAGGCCGGCACUUAGUAUUUCUUGCAGUUUCUGGGCUCAACCAUGUCAAUUCUGUUCUGAGAUCUUCAGGUGGAAAUAUAUUAUCGGCCCAAGGCCAAAACGACGGAUUAUCAAACGGCAAAGUCGUGAUACUUAUAUCCGAAGGCUCUAGCUUUGAAGGAUGCAUAGCCUCAGUCAUGUACCAUGCGCGACGUUUAAUACAGCCAUACUUCACGGAGAGCUCUGAGCUAGCGAUUGAGAGUCCGUUGGACGACAAUGUUUCCCACCUUUCCAUGGAGAAAUGGUAUGAUUCUUUGGGGUACUGCACAUGGAAUUCAUUGGGACAACAUUUGUCAGAGUCGAAGAUUUUAACCGCACUAAAAAUGCUUAAGGACGACGGGGUUCCGGUCUCGACGCUGAUUAUUGAUGACAACUGGCAGUCAAUCGACUAUCAGCAACAAUCCUCGCAGCCGGGUUGGAUGAAGUUUGAAGCAGAUGAACGAAAUUUCCCUGGCGGUCUCUCACAAACUACCAGCAAGAUACGAAAACUUUGCCCUGAUAUUAAAGACAUUAUGGUAUGGCAUACCAUACUGGGAUAUUGGGGAGGAAUAUCGCCGCAUGGGAGUUUAGCCCAAUCGUACAACACAGUGGAGCUUGAACAAGACGAUGGCAGUCGUAUUACGGUCAUUUCAGGCGAAGAUGUAUCCCGAUUUUAUGACGACUUUUACCGCUUUCUAGUACAAUCAGGUGUCGAUGGUACGAAGACAGAUGCUCAAGUAAUGAUGGACCAGUGGACAAGUUCCUCAGCUCGACGUCAGCUCACUGAUACAUAUCUGAGUGCCUGGACGGUAUCUUCUUUACGUUAUAUGGGUUUGAAAACCAUUUCAUGCAUGUCACAAUUCCCGCAUGCCUUGUUCGCUUCACAAAUGCCCCUAAACAGAUCAUCGAUGGUUGUCCGGAACUCAGACGAUUAUUUCCCAGAUAUCCCAGCAUCACAUACAUGGCAUGUUUGGGCGAAUGCGCACAAUGCCAUUUUUACCCAGUAUUUAAAUGUUGUUCCAGAUUGGGACAUGUUCCAGACACAGCACCCAUUCGGUGGCUUCCAUGCCGCUGCCAGAUGCAUUAGCGGUGGGCCGAUUUACAUUACAGAUAAGCCAGGGCACCAUAAUCUCAAACUGAUAAAUGAAAUAACUGGGAAGAAGCCGUUGGGUGGAUCGAUCAUCUUACGGCCAGAUGUUGCCGGUAAAUCUAUUUCAGCGUAUGCGACCUAUCAGGGCAAAUCUGCUCUUAAAGUCGGCAGCUAUCACGGCAAAUGGGGAACCGGCAGUCCACUACUGGGGAUUUUCAAUAUGGUGACUGAGCCCCUUGUUGAGCUUGUGCCAUUGUCAGCGUUUUCUGGAGUCGUUCCUGGAACAUCCUACAUCGUCCGGUCUCAUCAAAGCAGCCGCGUCACUUCACCACUAAGCAUCACUGAUAGUGACCCAUUGAUUACCAUUUCACUCGACGGGCAUGGUUACGAUAUCCUCUCUGCAUUUCCUGUAACGACUUUCACCGGCCGGCAUUUUCAGCAUUUAACAAUAGCCAACAUGGGUGUUCUCGGUAAGAUGACUGGCUGCGCAGCUAUUGUCUCAAAUUCGAUUCGACUUUUGACAAACGGCAACGUUUUAAUUGAAACACAACUUAGGGUACUAGGAACGCUAGGGCUCUACAUUUCAGAUUUACCGAGUAUGAACCUAUUGGAUGAUUUUAUGGUAAUGAUAUUAGAGGAACCCGUGCCCAUUGAGACUGUCUCUAUUUCUAACGAUAAUACACGGGUGGUGGAGAUUGAUACUGACGCAGCAUGGGCGGCUAUACCGGAGGGCUCACGCGGCUGGGGCAGUGACUUACGUGUCAAGAUAAUAUUCCCCAGCUAAAUUUCAAACGAUUUCAUAGGCAGAAUAUUAUUGAAAAUUAAAUAAAGAAUUAAUCCAUUCAUUGCACUUA